UAAUGCCACCUAAGAAGGAUAAUAAAAAAGAAGUAAUAAAUACAUUAAAUUUAUAUUAAGUUAGUUUUAUCUGAAGAUGACGGCACUGGUAUCUUAAAAAAUAUUGUACAAUUCAAAAUUCAAUUUCAAGUUGUUACAUAAAAUAUCUAAAAUAUUGUAAUCAUGUAUGAAUGGUUAAAUGCUAAUAAUACAGAAAGAUAUGAUACAGGUCUUAUUGAUUAAUGGAAUAUGGUUUAAAGUGAACCUCAAUAGAAUCCUGAGGAUCCACCAAUUGUUACUUAUUCUUAUGAAAGAGUUUUUGAUUAAAUAAGAUUUAUUGAUUCAUUAGCAGAAGUAUUAUCAAAAAAAAAAUUAUACAUGUAUUUUGUAAAUGCAGAUGAUAUGAAAGUUAUGCAAGAAUUUUAGUUUGAUUAUAGUUUAAUGCUCAAUACUCCAAGUGUAUAUAAAUAUAUUAAUAUUUAAGUUCGAAUUUGCCUUCUCUAAAAUGAAAAUCAUGGAAAUACUAGAUUUUAAAUUUAAUAUUUAAAGUGAUAAACCAUUAUUACAUGAGUAAUUAAGGGCAAAACUUAAUCCAUUUUAAGUGGAAAUAGUAUCAUGUGAAAAUAUACCUAUUUAAGCGUAAAAAUCAUAUGAAUUAUGUUAUGUCUAAUAUGAAUUUUAUGAUGGAACUAUAAUAAAAACUGAUAUGUAAGUUUAAAUGCAAAACAUGUAUUUUAAUUCUAAACAUAUUUUUUUAUUGGGAACUAUGGAUAUUGCAAAACAUUUUGAGACUAAACCUUUAAAAUUUGAAUUGCAUGAUAAAGAUGAAAUUGUGAGAAAUGAUGUUAAAGAAGAAUUAUAAUUAUUUGAUAUUGAGAAAUGGUUAUAAAUAGAAGAAGAGAAAAACAAACCACCUGAACCUGAUUUUACAGUAGAUCCUAAAACAGGUAAAAAGAUACCAAAAAAGGAAUAAAAGAAAGACGAUAAAAAAGAAGUUAAGAAAGAAGUAAAAAAAGAUGCAAAAAAAGACAAUAAAAAAAAGGAAGUAAAAUUAGGAGAACCAAUUUUAGAAGAAUAACAAAAAAAAUAAUUUAAUAGAAAUAAUCAUGGUGUAGCAAUAAUGAAUUUAAGUGCUUUUAUACAUUCUAAUGUUAGAGAAGUGGAUUUAUUAGCUGGAAUAGUUCCAAGAAGAGUUUUUGAAGAUACUGAAUCUAAUAAUUUAGAUUUAAAUACAACUGCAAGAAAAAAUAUUCCAAAAGUAUUUACAGCUGCUAAUUAUUUGGAUUAGUAAGCUAAUAUGUAUGUUAAAUUUGAAAUGUCAAAUGCAUUAAUAAAAAAAUGA